AUUUAUUGAGGAGGUGGGGAUGGUGGUUGCGUGUUCGGUUUACAGACGUGUGUAAAGGCACUAUAAACAACACUGCACAUAGAUUUAUCCUAAAAUCCUUUCUUGGUUUUUCUUUUUUCGGCCAAUUUCAUUAUACGACUGCUAUAUUUUGAUUCAAUUAUUUCGUGCCUUUACUACGGCCAUGACGAACAACGACGAUGAUGUACUAAAAAUGGCGGCAAUCUUUCGCAACCCAGGAUGGAGCGAGCAGGACGUCUUGGAGUGUUACAAACUCUUCUUUGAAAAGGCUCUCGCAUUGCCCGACAUUCACAAUUUUAAGGUGUUCAACUCAAUAUGGUCUCCACUGGCGCAAGAUCUGUCGGAAGUAUUGGGCAGGUCUGUAGAUAACCGGGCUGUUAGAGAACAAGUUCAGCGGCUAAGGAACCACUACAACCUUUUCACGAAGUUUCUCCAGAGAACACGCUCAAAAGUCGAUUCGAAAACUGACGAGGUUAGGGUGAACAACUUCUAUCGGUUCUAUGCGUGGCCCGAGGAAAACACUAUUGAACGAUUUCUCCGAACAACUGGCUUCAAGUGGCACAGCGAAUGCAUGCUGGUAUUUGAAAUGAGGGAAGCCGCUAAAAUUUGUUUCAACGAUGCUCUUCAGUCGACUUUUGAUGUCCCCAGCGAUUCUGAAUCUUCAUCUGCUAUGUAUGUCACUUUUGUGGAGAUCUUGUUGUGGAGUUCUUCUGAUUAUGUCACGGUUAGAUCAUGUUAG